AUGGCGUCAACUUUGCACGCCGACAACUCCGGCCAGUUAGCUCCGGCGCAAACCCGGGCGGAUCCACAUGCAAAUCCAGGCGCGGACAACGUCGGCAGGGUAUCUCAGCCGCUGCAACAACAACCACCGCCGCAUGUGAACUCGCAAGAAAUAUGGUCGUCGGGGUCAUCAUUUCAACUGGACCCCUCCAAUUCGCCUUCAAAUUAUACCUCCUUCUCUAGCUCCGAUAGCGAUGAACCCCAGACUCGCCCCAUCGGCGUGGAAGAUGAGGAUGACGUUCAGGAUGUGAUUGGAGUCAGCAUUGGCCGGGAGCAAAGUCGCAUGAAAGCUCGCGCGACACCGGCCGAAGAGAAAAAUCGCAUUUUGGAAGACAAGGGCGGAUACUUUGCAACCUUUGAUGAGAAUGUGGGCGAGAACAGUCUGUACGCCUCAGAGCUUACGGCGGAACCAGAAUCAGUGGAGCCCGAGGCAGCCCAUGAGAAUAGGGAGAGAUUGGGCAUAAAGCAUGCUCCCUCACCGGCUGCUGCCGCUGCACCUUCUGGUCAAUUGGUGCCGCGGCGGAGGCCACGAAGCCCCCAAACACGGCAACAGUCAACGCUAUCAUUUUUCCCCGCGCGUGAGACGAAGGAUGGGAGCGCCUCGGGCUCAAGAAGCAGCUUCACUCGAUCACUCUUGAAGACGACGCUUCCCCGUCGCCCGCGGGCCUGGUCGGGAGAAUUGAAAAAGUUCCUGCCCGAUUUAGCCUCUUUAGCUCGACGGCCAACCCUGCCAUUUCGCUCGAGUAAUGCCCACCGCCGCGCCCGUAGUCAAACUGUGACGCCGGGCACACGAAAACAAGCCGAUUCAAGGGCGGCAUCAUUAGAUCGGCAACGAAGAUUAUCGACGCCUAUUUCCCAUGGCCCUGAUCGAGAGACCAAAGAGGAUGACCCGGGAGAUGAUUCGCACCCGAUCUCCGAGUUGCGUAAGCUAGAUGGCACCUCCGCUGCAAAGCAUUCUUUCACAAGACGACCCAGCGCAGCUCUUUCUGGCCGCCCGCCAAGUCUGCGGAGGUCGUCCUCUGACCAUUCUCUCUAUCUUCGAGCAUCAUCCACGGCAUCAUCAUUGGAGCAACGUCCUCUCUAUGAAAACGUGCAUUCGCAAGUGAACAGCCGGUUCAAGGCCAUCAAGGACAGUCUGCAAGAUUCAAGCAGUCGUCUGCUCAGUCGCCCAUCCAUUCACUUACAGGAUAUUCGGAACGAUUGGUCGUCCCGCCCAUUCCCUUCCAUUAUGGGCUCGGAGCGAGGAACAGAUAGUGUCCAUGCAUCGGCAACCCCACCACCACCACCGCGGUAUAAUACACAGUCCACACACCCAAUUCUGGAAGAGGCGAUGACAGAAAUGACUGGUGACGUGGUGAUCCUUGGCGGAUACCGAGGUUCCAUCCUGCGAUCCGCCAAACCUCCUCACCGACAGCUUUGGGUGCCAAUGAAGGUGGGAUUAAAUCUGCGCAAGGUCGAUCUUGAGGUGGGGUUGACGCGAGAAGACGAGGAGCGCAUGGAAGAAAAGAUCAUCCCAUCUGGUGUUCUUUCUCACAUCGGACCCAUCGAUAUUUGCCGACGCUUGAUGAAACGUCUGCAAAAGUGCGACAACGCUGUGCGUGGAGACCUACGUGUGUGGGAUUAUGGCUACGAUUGGCGGUUGAGUCCGGAUCUGCUUUCAAAGCGGCUCAUUUCCUUCCUCGAAGGCCUACCCUGCAAUCGACCGGGGCCAGAUGGCCAACCUCCAUCCCCACGCCGAGGUGCCAUAGUGAUUGCCCACAGUCUGGGCGGUCUCAUCACUCGGCAUGCAGUCAACCAACGGCCUGACCUCUUUGCAGGGGUUGUGUAUGCAGGGACCCCACAACACUGCGUCAACAUUCUCGGACCGCUCCGCAAUGGCGACGAUGUGCUUCUGAGCUCUCGUGUGCUUACUGCACAGGUCAAUUUCACAUUCCGCACGAGCUUCGCGCUUCUUCCAGAAGAUGGCCAUUGCUUCAUCGACAAGCAAACAGAGGAGGAAUAUCGCGUUGACUUCUUUGACGCCAACUCAUGGGAUGAAUAUCGUCUUUCGCCGUGUAUCAGUCCCGCUUUGCCGGUCCCGCCAGUCAAUCCACGCUUUAAGGAUUUUGCGAUGAUCAGCAAGCGAUUUUCCAUCGGGCCGCGAGAUGAGAACAAUAGUCAGAACGCUUCAAUCUCGGGCAAUAGCGAUGUGAAUUCUUUGGCCACUGAGGGCGACCGUCACCACUCUGGUCAUCCCAGACGCGACACCUCCCAUCGUACUCAGCAAGGCCAUUCCAAUUCAGUACACAGUCCAUCUCAAGCUGCAGCGACAGCUGCCGAGAAAGUGAACCAGUCCCUCCCGACUGGCAGCGGCGGAGUCGAUGGUCUUGUCGGGCCAGGUGCAGCGCCUCGCAGCAGCGGCGCGACCAACCAAAUGUCUAGCCCAAGCACCAUUCCAUACGCGGAUGCCAUGGAAUACCUGCAACGGACCCUCGCCGAGAUCAAACGCUUCAAAUCAGAGCUCGAGUUCAACCCCGCGCACCAAGCCGAGAACCGUUACCCGCCUACCGCAGUACUGUUUGGCAAAAGCGUACCAACCCUUUUCGGUGCCCGAGUCGCGUCGCGAGAGGCUAUCAAGCAACAGGAUGCCUAUGAUGAUUUAGCUUUUGCGGCUGGGGAUGGUGUAUGUCUGGCUUCGGCUGCCAUGCUGCCCUCUGGAUACAGAGUGAUUAAAAAUGGACUUGUCAAAAGUGAACGGGGGCAUGUUGGACUGCUUGGGGAUUUGGAAGGUGUGGGUCAAUGUCUGAGAGCCUUGAUCCGGGGUCGAAAAGAAGGUGUUGGAUUGGGAAAGGAGUUGCGUUGA